AUGACAGCCUGGGCGAAGGCCUUCGACUCCUGGUUCUUUGCAGAUAGUCUGCACGACACUCUCGUCGAGCUUGUAUUUCUCGAGGAUCCUGAACAACCAAGAGCUUACUUCGAAACAGAUACUGUUGAUGGCCACGAGGCAAAUACUAUCUUCAUUAACCUUAGAUCGAGCUCUCGUGAAAUCGAGGAGUGGCCAGAGUAUAAAGGUACGUUUGAGGAAUUCUACAUCGCCGCGUUACUCCACGAAAUGGUCCAUGCGUUUUGUAAUAUUUAUCAUUGUCAAAAGACAUGUUGCAAAGAACAAACAUGGCACCCGUCUACUGGAGCCAUUGGAUGUGAUGGACACGGACACCCCUUUAGCGAGGGUUCAAAGUGUUUGCUCGACGCCUCGGUCGCAGAGGGCCUGUCAUGGGCAGUUGAUCCUAUUGCACUUGGUCUGGGUGAUAGUGUUGUUUUUUUCUAUGUUUAUAAACCUCUGGCAACCCGACGAGAAGCAAUUGGAGAACUGGAACGUACCGGUUGA